AUGGCUGACGAAGAAACGCGUUCAUCGGCGAACUCAGAAACCGAAGGAAUGGGAAAAGAAGAUCAAGAAAUGGGUGAAAAUGAAGAGUUCUAUGAAACAAUUGAGGCACCUAAAUUCGUUGAUUUUAAUCUUCCGGAAUAUCACCGGCCGGAUGAUCGCUAUUGGUUCUGCUUACGAGUCGGGUGUGAUCAGAAGCACGAGGAAGAAAUGGAUUCAGAAGCAAUUUAUAAGAAUUUUGUUCUUAGGGUGAUGGCUGCUAGAAGUCCAAAUGUGAGACUUCACAAGGCACUCAACAGAGAUUGUUCAAGAAAAAACUUGAAAUGUCCGCAAUCGGUUCCCCCUAAAUCAUCCAAGUCUAGACUAUCCAGAUUGGCUGUCAUUUCAUCAGUGUCUCUAAAGAUGGAUGAUAACAAAGUAAGGGUUAAGCCUAAACCUGUUUCCAAACUAUGUUCAACUCCAAAGGCCAAAGGAAAAGAAGUAGCUGCAAAGUAUUUAACCACUCCUAGGAACAAAAAGUGCAUUGCAAAGGCAGAUGUAUUUCGCAGUGUUCAGAGUACAAAGCCAAGCGUCGUGGUUCCAAAAGAUCGGGCAGUGGCAAAGACACUGACCUUUCCAUCCCCAAAGAAGGCGUUUAAUUUGAAGGCUUCUGUGGAAUUGCGUACUCCUUUGUCAAAAUUAUGUGACAAGAUGAAGAAGCUCGAGAUAACGAGUCAAAAGAAGACUCCCAGGGUUCGUCCUAGCCAACAAUCUAAGCAGUGUGGAGAUCGUCCUAAGAAGUCAUUGCCGAUUAAAUCUUCAGCAAGGCAAAAAGUUGCCAGCAAUGAUAAAUGUAAUGGUAAAGUAUCACCCAAGUCCAUUACUAGGAAGAAUAAACAAGAAGCUGAGUCUACAAAAGGUAAGAGCUUGCAGAGAUUACAUGGACGGGUGAAGCAAGUUCAUUUUGCUAAUGAAAUUGAAGACGAAUCAAGAGAUGAGGUGUUGGGAGAUCAAUGCUCCAGAGAUCUUGCCGCAGAAGAAGCAGCCGUUCCAAUCUUACGUGGGCCAUCAUCGGAUGCCUCAGAAAGUAAAUCAAAUUUCUCAUCCAACUCACCUCAACAAAAUGUUGUAGUUGAUGAUGUUUUGACUUCACAAAGCUCUAUCAAAGAGGAUAAUGGCAGUCAAGGAAGACACAAAACAGAAAUUGCAGACAGUGAUGAUAAAGAAAAUACUACGGCCUUUGAUGAAAAUAGAAGCUUCAGGCACAAAAAUGAUAACUCGGGAAGAAAUAUCCUUGGCAUACAAAAUUCUGAUAGAAAAAAGGUUACUGAUGCAGUUGUUAAAGAAAAUGGUGCUCCAGGGUUGAGGCCAAUGAAGCUGAAACCCACAAACCCGAAACCUUUCAAAUUUAGAACUGAUGAAAGAGGGAUACUCAGAGAAGCCAACUUGGAGAAGAAAAAUAACGCAAUUGGUUCGCAAAAGGAGCAUCAUGACAGUCAGAAAAGGAUAGCUGGCCUGAAACCUAUUAAAAAGGAAACGAUGACAAGAACACCAACUGGGAGUAAAGUGCACCACACAAAGCAUGACGAAAAUAAGCCAAUGACCCUCACCUGCGAAAGCAAUACAAGGCGAAAGUUGGGGCAUGUAUCAAAGAAGAUAUCUUCAAAUGGUCCGCAGCCUCAAAGGAACCUAGAUUUCACUUCACAAGCAAAGACUGGCACGGUAAACACUUCAUCCGGAAAUUCAAUACCUAAGGAAAGAGGUAGACAAUGCAAGAAAACAACAACUAGAGUCGCAGCCGGUUCCCCUGUUGCAAGAACAGUAACUUCUACCCUUAAGGAACCCAACUUUCACAGGUCCCCCCUUAUGCCGAAGAGUUGCGCCAGCUGA